AGGUCCUCGGGCCGCCUGACAGUUAAGAGCAGACAACGGCGCGGUUGCUGGACAUCUGAGCGCUGCCGGAAUCCCUAGAGUCCCUGCGGACCCUGCGUGGUUUGGACCCGAAAGAAGAUCACCUACCAUGGGAAAAAUCCAAUUGGGAUACUGGAUCUUGGUUCUCUUCAUUGUUACCUGGAGUGAUCUAGGCCUCUGUAAGAAACCAAAGCCAAGACCCGGAGGGGGGUGGAACAGCGGAGGAAGCAACCGCUACCCAGGCCAGCCUGGUAGCCCUGGAGGCAACCGAUACCCUGGCUGGGGGCACCCUCAGGGAGGUGGCACCAAUUGGGGUCAGCCCCAUCCCGGGGGUUCCAAUUGGGGUCAGCCCCAUCCUGGGGGUUCCAGUUGGGGUCAGCCACAUGGUGGAUCUAACUGGGGUCAGGGCGGCUACAACAAGUGGAAACCAGAUAAACCCAAAACCAACCUAAAACAUGUGGCUGGAGCCGCUGCUGCUGGGGCAGUUGUGGGAGGGCUUGGUGGCUACAUGCUGGGGAGUGCCAUGAGCAGGCCCGUCAUACACUUUGGCAAUGAAUACGAAGACCGCUACUAUCGUGAAAACCAGUACCGCUACCCCAACCAAGUCAUGUACCGGCCCAUCGACCAGUACAGCAGCCAGAACAAUUUUGUGCAUGACUGCGUCAACAUCACGGUGAAACAACACACCACCACCACCACCACCAAAGGGGAGAACUUCACAGAAACUGAUAUCAAGAUUAUGGAGCGUGUGGUGGAGCAGAUGUGCAUCACGCAGUACCAGGCUGAGUACGAGGCUGCCGCUCAGCGCGGCUACAACAUGGCAUUCUUCUCUGCCCCGCCGGUGACCCUCCUCUUCCUCAGCUUCCUUAUUUUCCUGAUUGUGAGCUAAGAAGCCUUCCGAUGUUUACUCUCUCAAUGUUUAUUCUCUUAAUCUUUGCAGAGAAGGAAAUCCUUCAGUCUGCAAGGGCAGCCCAAAUAGCAGCAGUUUUUCAUUUCUAUGUUCGUCCAUCACCCAUAGGUUAAGGCCCUUAUCACUCAUGAGCCCUGGGAAAUGUACAGUAGAUCCCAGAGGCCCGGCCACCGCUCUCCUCCAAACCAUUUUGAUCAUGCAUCUGUCAGAUCAAUGCCACCUUUGGCAGUAUCCUUUCUGAGGGAGAUCAUUGGGUAACUUCUGGUCCAUCUAGAGACUUCGGUAGUGUGGCAAGUUGAGGCCAAAACAGAAAUGAUUUCAAAAUGUAUUUUCCAAAUAGACACAACCAUGGGUCAUUUUGCUUGCUGAAAUGUCACCUAAAUGUUCCUCCCUGCUUGUAGGUCAUUAAAUGAGUAGAUAAAGGAAAUAGCGGACUCACUAGUUACAAAGCCCCAUUUCUUCUUUGUCUUAUCUGAGCUGUGAUAUCAUAGCCAUUUCAAUACACCCUGAUGCAUUUUCCUCUUCCUCUUCCUAACAACAAUUUUCAUCAUUUGGAACAAGACUGGAGACUGUAUAGGCUAACCACAGAGAUCACCCAACCGUGUAGGUCCAGGGCCCAGCUGGCGAAUCAAGCGCAACUAUUACACAGUACUGUGACUACUGUCUUGUAUUUUCUAAUGGGACACACUCGGCAGAGGCUGCACCAAAAAUAUAUCUGGCCCAGGGGCCGGGUCUAUUUGUCAACGAUGGAAUGAGCAUAAUUGUGUAAGCUAUGUCCUGUCCUACGGAGACUGCUCUUCUGGGUAACCCACAGUUUGGGUGUGCUUUGUUGUCAUCUCAGACCAUUUUGGUAUAUGCAUAUUGUUCAAACCCAGUAUAAACCAUGUCUACCAGUUCAUCCCACCCAAGAACAUGAAAAUGCAAAGCAGAUCCUCCUAGAUAACUAAGGAAACCCUCUCCAAUGCUAGCAAACAUCAAAGGCCCGCAGCAUCUUGGCUGGGUCUAUUUGCCUCAAGCCCACAAAGCUGCCAGCAUUGAUGGGCUUAAGGCAGGGGCUGAUUAACCCAGAGGAACCAGGUAAAGUGUAAUUUGUCUUUUAGGAUUUAAGGAGACCGUUUGGUGGAUUUAUAAACAAAAGCACUUGUGGUUUUUUGUUUUCCCUGUCUCAAGAUAAAGUAGAAACUAUACAGGAUGAGCACUUAAAGUCAGAUUAAAAGAAGAAUUCUUCAAAUGAAGAAUUGAAAUUAGCCUUUUUUUACAAAAAUUUAAUCUAAUCCCCAAAAACAGUAUCUCAGAAAAGGGGGGGAGAGGGGGGUAGAAGACAGGGAGAUGAUCUGUCUAAAUGAUUUUUGUUUGAGUUGUGAAAAAGUUGUUCUCAUAAAAUAAAUUAUUAGGUUUUCGUUGUCACUAUUCUGCAUUGUGAUUGGCUUGCAAUGUAAAGGUAGUCUUUGUAAUCAGUAAAUAUUGGUUAUGAUAAACUAGAAAUUCUGCUCAGAACAGUUGUCACCCAGAGUAGUAUCCGGUGUAGUAUGUUUCUUUCCAAGGUUCCAAAUGCCUAUUCCAUGGAAAAGGUGUCCUGAGGCUUUCAGCACCACAUGCUGAAUGGACUCCUGUGUGAGUCCACAAUGCCCAGGGAAAAGUGGUCUUUGAAAUUUGCAUGCACUUAGUAAUAUAAGGACAUUUUAUAGAUUUGUAACUUCGCACGUACUUGUUUUGAUGUAUUAAAAAUUUAUAAAUGUUUAAUAUCCGACUAAAAAUUAAACAGGUAGAAGAUGAAGUGAGCA